AUGGGUAGUAUUGCUCUCAAAGCUAGGAAGGAAAGGGCUGUUAGCAAGGAGUUUGAAGCUUUAGUACUUUCAGCUGUAGUUCCUGUUUUAGCAAGGAAUGAAGUUGGUUCAGAGGUGUCAAGUAGAGAGUUUUUGCACCCCAGUGCAAAGAGAGUUGAUGAGGAUUGGUAUAGAACAAAUAGUAAACAGAGCCCUUACAUAAACCUCAUUGAUAAUGGUAGCGGGAACUUGUUGAAAAGAAAGUUAGUACCUUGGGAGCAAAUAGCGCCUUUUUUUGAAGAGCCGGAGAGGAAGUGGCAGAAGUGUUUCAAUGAGUUUAAGGACAGAAUACAGCUGUGUGAUGGGUAUGAAUGGGGUGGCCCCGGUCAAGCGGAUAUUGUUAGGCCCUCCUCGUCGGGCUCAUGCCCCUCGGUAAAUCAACCGGGGCCAUUGACACAGGAUUUCUUAUCUGAUGCGGGAAGCACUAAUUAUUUAGCCCCGAGCCCCUUGGAUCAAUUUUCGAUUCACCCUAUUCUGGAUCUUCAUAUGGGCAACUAUUAUUUCUCAUUCACAAAUCCUUCCUUGUCUAUGCUGCUUACUCUCGGUUUGGUCUUACUUCUUCUUUUUGUUAUUACGAAAAAGGGAGGGGGAAAGUCAGUGCCAAAUGCAUGUCAAUCCUUGGUAGCGCUUAUUUAUGAUUUCGUGCCGAACCUGGUAAACGAACAAAUAGGUGGUAUUUCUGGAAAUGUGAAACAAAAGUUUUUCCCUUGCAUCUCGGUCACUUUUACUUUUUCGUUAUUUCGUAAUCCCCAGGGUAUGAUACCCUUUAGCUUCACAGUGACAAGUCAUUUUCUCAUUACUUUGGCUCUUUCAUUUUCCAUUUUUAUAGGCAUUACGAUCGUUGGAUUUCAAAGACAUGGGCUUCAUUUUUUUAGCUUCUUAUUACCAGCGGGAGUCCCACUGCCAUUAGCACCUUUUUUAGUACUCCUUGAGCUAAUCUCUCAUUGUUUUCGUGCAUUAAGCUCAGGAAUACGUUUAUUUGCUAAUAUGAUGGCCGGUCAUAGUUCAGUAAAGAUUUUAAGUGGGUUUGCUUGGACUAUGCUAUUUCUGAAUAAUAUUUUCUAUUUCAUAGGAGAUCUUGGUCCCUUAUUUAUAGUUCUAGCAUUAACAGGUCUGGAAUUAGGUGUAGCUAUAUCACAAGCUCAUGUUUCUACGAUCUCAAUUUGUAUUUACUUGAAUGAUGCUACAAAUCUCCAUCAAAAUGAGUAAUUUCAUAAUUGCAUAAAAGGAGAGUAUGUUUGAAAGCUUUCCUUGCUGACUUGAUUGCCUUUUCUUAUAGUCAAGAUAGUCAAAGUAGAGUGUGAUUCGGCAUAACCAUAAGAAGUAGCGGUAUUGUAGGCCGGGCUAGUAGAAGUGGUGAGGUACCAGGGGGAAGAUGAAAACUUCUUCGUUUCGUUGGUAGAACCCACGCCAAUAUCAUAUUGACUCUCUCUCGUCCAAUAAGAGGAGAGUUACUUUAUUCAAAUUCUCUCCUUUCCAAAGCUCCACAAGGCAGGCAAAAA